CACAACUCUCCUUCACCUGUGACUCUACACGCCACUCCAGUGUGCGCGUCUCGUGACUCCCGUGCGUGCAAAGAAGCUGCUUGAACUGUCUCCUUCACAUUGUGCGCGGUCCCGUGUCGCUACGGCUCUAUUCCGAAGCAUUCACCCAAAACAAGCGGCCACCAAAGACCGUUGCGCCGCAUACGAUACGCGCCUUCCCUACUAACUAAACAGCUUUCUGGACAGUGCGCGGCAGCAUGGCGACCAAACGGAAGCUCGCUGCUAUGGCCCCCGACGACGACGAUCCCGUAGACCCCGCCGACGAGCUCAUGUUCUUGUGUCUGGGAGGAGGAAAUGAAGUUGGCCGGUCCUGUCAUAUCAUCCAGUACAAAGGAAAGACAGUCAUGCUUGAUGCUGGCAUGCACCCUGCUUACGAGGGCUUGUCUGCCAUGCCCUUCUACGACGAGUUUGACCUCAGCACCGUCGAUGUUCUUCUGAUUUCCCAUUUCCAUGUCGACCACGCCGCUUCACUCCCCUACGUCCUUGCGAAGACUAACUUUAAGGGCCGGGUCUUCAUGACACAUCCCACCAAAGCCAUCUAUAAAUGGCUGAUCCAAGACUCCGUCCGCGUUGGCAACAUGUCCAGUUCCUCCGAAACAAAAGUCCAGAUGUACACAGAAGCCGACCACCUGAGCACCUUUUCCUCCAUUGAAGCCAUCGACUUCUACACAACCCACACCAUCUCCGGCAUUCGAAUAACACCAUAUCCGGCCGGUCACGUGCUAGGAGCAGCUAUGUUCUUGAUAGAGAUAGCGGGGCUGAAGACUCUAUUUACGGGGGAUUACUCGAGAGAGGAUGACAGACACUUGGUCUCCGCGACAGUUCCGAAAGACAUCAAAAUCGAUGUUCUCAUCACCGAAUCUACAUUCGGCAUCUCAACACACAUCCCACGUCUCCAGCGCGAGACGCAGCUCAUGAAGUCCAUCACCGACAUUCUGAAUCGAGGUGGCCGAGCUCUCCUCCCUGUCUUUGCCUUGGGUCGAGCUCAAGAACUGCUGCUCAUCCUCGACGAGUAUUGGACUAAACACCCAGAAUACCAAAAGAUACCAAUCUAUUACAACUCGAGCUUGGCCAGAAAGUGCAUGGUGGUCUAUCAGACAUACGUAUCCGCCAUGAACGACAACAUCAAGCGACUUUUCCGCGAACGUAUGGCAGAGGCCGAAGCCGCAGGCGAUGUGGGCAAAGGCGGGCCGUGGGACUUCCGGUUCGUUCGUAGUCUAAAAUCGCUCGAACGUUUCGACGAUAUGGGCGGUUGCGUUAUGCUUGCUUCCCCUGGUAUGAUGCAAUCUGGUACCUCUCGAGAGCUUCUCGAGCGCUGGGCCCCAGAUGCACGAAAUGGGGUUAUCAUCACUGGAUACUCGGUCGAAGGCACGAUGGCGAAACAGAUUGUUCAUGAACCCGAAAGUAUUCCGGCUAUUACAAUGAAGAACACGAAUAUGACGCGACGACCGGGACAGAAGGAAGGAGAGCCGACGUUGAUUCCUCGACGAUGCAGCGUACAGGAAUUCAGUUUUGCGGCCCAUGUUGAUGGAAAGGAGAAUAUGGAGUUUGUGCAAGAAGUUGCUGCACCAGUUGUCAUCCUCGUACACGGCGAAAAGGGCAACAUGACACGCCUAAAAUCCAAGCUACUCUCCUUCAACGCACAAAAAACCAUCCCCGUGAAAAUAUACUCCCCAGCCAACUGCGAAGAACUCCGCAUCCCCUUCAAAACGGACAAGGUCGCCAAAGUCGUCGGCAAGCUCGCUUCAAUCCCUCCCCCACUCCCACGCAAAAAGUCUACCUCAGAAGACAGUGGAGACGAGGAGGAAGAAGGCUUACAGGAACCGAGCCUGCUCCCGGGCGUGCUGGUUCAGAACGAUUUCAAGAUUUCCCUGAUGUCGCCUGAGGAUUUGAAAGAAUAUGCGGGUUUGACGACGACGUCGAUUAUGUGUCGGCAGUCGAUUACGCUGUCGGCGGCAGGAGUGGAGCUUAUUCGUUGGGCGUUGGAAGGGACGUUUGGUGCUAUCAAGGAGUUAACGGUGACUGAUGCGGCGAUCAAUGGAAAAGAAGUCAAUGGUAAUGGGCCGCACAAGGAGGAAGAAGCUGACGAGGAAAUCGAGAGGAGCAAGAAAGCGUUCCAGGUCAUGGACUGUGUGACGGUGAAAUGCGGUGCUGGAGGGAACAUCGAGGUGGAGUGGGAGGGAAACAUGAUCAAUGAUGGGAUUGCAGAUGCCGUGCUUGCGGUACUAUUUACAGUUGAAAGUAGUCCGGCGGCUGUGAGACAAUCAUCCCGAUCGCACUCGCACUCCCCCCCUCCCUCAACUUCCCACCAGCCAUCCCUACUCCUAGCCCACCGUUUCAAACAACCCAACCCCUACAAAACCCCCGACCCCUCCACUCGCCUCUCCCGCCUCUUCCUCUUCCUCGAAGCACAAUUCGGUGCCGACGCCAUCCACCCAAUUCCCUACCCUCGAAACUCCACAUCCACCUCCGGUACGACCCCAAUUCCACCCUUCUCGACCACACCCUCCGAUUCUCCAUUCUCCGUAGCAACCUCCCCUACCAUCCCCCUCUCCUCUACUGAAACCAUCGAGUUCAGCCCCGCGGAUAAAGCAGAGUUGAAAAGGCUGCAUAAUUUGGGAAUUCCAGUACCGGGUGUAGAGAUCCGGUUUGAUAAAUAUGUUGCGAAAGUGUGGCUAGAGGAUUUGGAUGUAGAGUGUGCGAGUCGGCCGCUGAGGGAUCGAGUUAAGGCUGUUGUGGAGAGGAGUGUGGAGACGGUUGCCGGGCUGUGGGUGUGAUUGAUGGAGGGCGAAAGGAAGUAGAUGAGGGGAAAAGGAUGAUGGGAAGAAGAAGAAGAAGAAGAAGAAGAAGAAGAAGAAGAAAUAGUAAAAGGGGACGAUGUAAGACGUCAGUUUUUGAUCAGUCAUGCAACUGUGAUGGCGCAGUUUCAUGGCGAGGCGAGCAACGAAGGUAGAGCAGAUUGGAGGCAAAUGUGAGCUUGGUCUUCUCUGAUCUUCUCUGAUCUCACCUAGACCAUGCGGGCGUUUUGGCAUGGAUGGAUAAGAACUUCGACUUUGGCUAUGCGGGC